AUGCCCUUUCCCUACCUGGCGACACAUUCAUCAAGACACAGCUUUAAAAGUCAAAAGCGCGGCAUUCCACAUCGAUCCCGCGUCAACGCCGGUGCGAGCAAAUGUGAAUAUUACGAUAUAUAUUUCGGGAGAUUUGGGGAAAAGUCUACAAAUGAAAUAAUGAUAGAAAUAAAAAAUACGGAAUAAUGUUUGGAAUGAACCAAACACGAUCUGCAACAUAGAAGUCUUAUAUUCCAUAUGUCACCCUAGGUGAUUGUUGUCUUAGUGUUUGAAUAUAUAAAGAGCAGGUCCGAAAUUGUAUUUAAAAUCAAACUUUACAGUUAUUAAAUGCUAAUAUUCAUCUCAUUAUGCUGUUCUAAAUACAUCAUUCGAUACAAAUGUGCAAUAAGUCUCGGAAUAAAGUUUUUGAAUUCCA